AUGAGGGAGUUGUGGAUGCGUUCCUCGGUCUGCUUCCCAUCACUUGACGUUCUAGCCGAAAACCCCGCACCUUGCCGCGCUGCGGCGGGGGCCAGCGGUCCGGCGCGUUCCGGCCCGGGCAGGGGGACACUGCAGGGGGACACCGCAUGGGGUCACCGGCUGAGGGACACCGCUCGGGGCCGGCGCGGGCCCCGCGCCACCGCCUCGCCGCGGCCCCGUAUCCCGGCAACGCGGCGGCCGCGGGCGGCGCCCGCGCUGAGCGGCCGAGGCCGGGCGGGGGCGAGGCCGGGCGGGGGCGAGGCCGGGCCCGAGGGAGCGCCAGGGCCGCCCGUCGCCUGCCGCGGCCCCGCGGCCCCUGCGGAGCCAGCCCGCGCUGCGGCGGCGGAGAGGAGCUCCCGGGCCCACGCCGAGCGGCCGCAGUGUGUCCUGCACGAAUGCGCCGUCAUGUUUCACCUCUCCGGGGUUGAGCAGAGCCAAGUACGCCUUAGGGACCGAUGGUUUCCCACGCUCUGCGUCCUAAGAAACAAACUGUUUCUUCCAAUGCAUCCAAAUUGUCUCGUAACGACAAUUUUUGAUGAUAUUAACCACCUAGUAAAAAUCUCGGUGCAAGUAUAUGACAAUCAAAUCUACUUUCGCCUGCUGCCACUAGAGGACAACCAGUGGAAAACACUGUGAUGAACUCAUCUUAGCAGCUCCACAGUACAGUUUUCAUGACUGGCCUUCUGGAUUCCUGGGUUAAGAGAUCAAC